AUGGCACCGAAAGAUAGCCCAACUGAAUACACAACCCGAGCAUGGCUGGUAAUAUUCGGGGCCUUUACGUGUGCCUUUUGCACUGUGGGAUUCAUGAACUCGUUUGGUAUCUUCCAAGAAUACUACACAAAGAAUCAGCUAUCCUCAAGCUCCACAUCUACCAUCGCAUGGCUUGGGGCUAUAUCAAUAUUCUUUUUGUUUGCUAUAUCUGUUGGGGCAGGAGCAAUGCUUGAUACUUUUGGACCAACUUUCAUGGUAUAUGUUGGCUCAUUCGGGUGUGUUUUUGCACUUAUGAUGACUUCACUAUGUAAGGAAUUCUAUCAAUUUCUACUCGCUCAGGGGGUCGUGCUUGGUAUUUCUAUGGGUCUGGUGACAUGGCCAAUGCUCGCAUUGGUCGGACAAUAUAUCAAAGUGAAGCGUGCUGCGGCAAUGGGCAUUGUUCUGGCGGGCUCGUCGCUCGGCGGAGUUAUCUGGCCUAUUGCAAUCGACAGAAUGAUCAAUAAUCCCAACAUCGGAUUUUCCUGGUCCAUGAGAAUUGUCGGUUUUGUCAUGAUUCCUUGCUUCAUCUUUUCUUGCGCAGUUGCCAGAUCCCCAGAUCUACCUACAACCAAUGUGGAGAGUCGCAAUUCAAACCAGGUAGGCGACGAAAAUAUUACCGAGGAAAAGGAUGAACGACGGAACCACAAAGGAGAGGCCCUGGCUCUUUUACGAAAGCCAUCUCUUCAGCUGCUGUGUCUCGCCAUGUUCAUCACGUACUUUGGCAUGUUCUCGCCCUUCUUCUAUACGACUUCUUAUGCGGUUGAGAAGGGAUUCUCGACAUCCCUGGCAUUCUAUACCGUUUCAAUUGUGAAUGGCGCUUCAUUCUUUGGCCGAGUGCUCCCUGGCGUCAUCGCUGAUAAGUAUGGAAAAUUCAACUGCUGCAUCAUAGCCACUAUCUCCGCAGGGAUUAUUGCAUUGUGCUGGACCAAGGUAACAUCUGUGGCCGGUCUUAUAAUUUGGUCCGCUGCAUACGGCUUCGCAUCCGGAGGCAUUUUAUCACUCCAGCAAGCUUGCGCCGCCCAGGUUGCUACUUCUACCACACUUGGUUUGGCAAUAGGCACUGUCACAGGCUCCACAGCUCUAUCUGCUAUGGCAAAUGUGCCCAUUAGUGGUGCUCUAGUUGAGAAAUAUGGGUAUUUAGCCCUGUCAAUGUUUUCAGGAGCAUCUUUGCUACUAGGUGGUUUCCUUUUGACUGCUGCGCGUCUGGCCCAGAACAGACAGCUUCGAGCUGUCGUGUAA